AUGUCAGAAGCUUCUUCUACGACAUCAGUUUAUGGUAAUGCAGAUGGACUUGAAAAUCAAGAUGAAGAUGAUCUCGAUCUUUAUGCUAUUCUUAAUGUCCCGAAGGAGGCAACUAUAGAUGAGAUUAAUAAGUCUUAUCGACAGCGUUGCUUGAUAUUUCAUCCCGAUCGACAUAGUGAUCCUAAAGAAAAAGGGAAUGCGGAAAAAUUCUUCCUAAAAUUGCGCAGGGCAUACGAGACACUUUCCGACCCCAAGCUACGAGCAAUUUAUGAUACGGUUGGACUGCAGGGAAUUGAACUGCAUGGCUGGGAACUUAUUUCUAAGUCAGAUAAGCCAGAAAAUAUUAGACGAGAAUAUGAGUUUCUUAAGCGCCUGAAGGAUACAGAAAUUAUGUUGCAAAGGAUUCAUCCUUCGGGAUCGUUUUCAUGCAAAUGUUCUUUAACUGGUAUGUUUGCUGCAGAUCCUGAAUUGAGAUCGCCUCCGCAAGUUACUGGCUUAUCUAUAUCUCAGAAUGUUGAAUGUGCUAUGGCAACUAGAGACAGAGUGGGUUUAAGUGGUCGUGUCAAGAUGAGUAACGGCAAAGGUGAUGGAUCAUUUGUUUUGAUUUGGAAAAGACUUGUAUCGUCAUCUUGUUUAGUUGAGUUCAGUACAAAUUUUACACCUGAUUCAAUUGCAUUGGGAUGUAAAUUUGCUAAAAGUUUAUUUUUGAAAAAUGCUAUUGUGGUGCAGCCUACAAUACAAUAUUUUCCACUGUACUCAGCUAUUAAUCCGGGUUGUAUGUUUGUUCUCUCUAGAAAUCUGCAUCCUCGUUGGCAAGGGUCUAUUAUGUAUCAUUGGGGAAUGCAAUCUUCUUUAACCACUUCAUUGAUUCACAGUGAAUUCAACAUGCCAAAAUUUCUUAUUAAUUUGACGAUAUCGCUUACCAAUUCGAAUAUUCGAAUGAUGUAUGUCAGGCGGAAUGCAGAACAAGAUUCAUUCAUGGAAACUUCAUGUAUAUUUUCUUUCGUCGGUAUCAUGCCAUCGAUUGCAUUUGAAAGACGCUUAUCGAGAUAUUCUCGAAUUGGGUGUAGCGUAUCACUAGCUUUGCCAUCUUGUCUUUUGCAUACUAAAUUCAAGUUGAAGACGGGUACCUCGGUCUAUGAAUGUCAAUUUUUGUUAUGUGACAACGAAGAAGAUAUUGCACGUUCAACAUUAUAUGGUAUUAUUCUUCCAAUCGCAGCUUUCUUCGUGCUGAAAGGAGUUUUUCGGCAGACAUAUGAGCGUUUCAUGUCAUUAUUUGAAGAUAAUUCUGAAGAGCGACAGGUAGACGUCGUUAAACGUGAAGAAGCAAACAAUAUUGUAAAUUUAAUGAAAAGAACGGCAGAAAGAAUAGCCAAAGACGAAGAACAGAAGCAUGGUUUAGUUAUUAUUGAAGCAAAGUAUGGACAAAUGAUAGGAGAAGGAAGUCGUGCAAUGUCAUAUCCGCUUUUAGGGGAUCGUUUCGUUGAUGUUACGGUGCCACUACAAGCGAUGGUGAAUGACUCGCAAUUGAGAAUAUAUUCUGGAAAAGUUAGUGUUUUUCUGAAUUAUAUAUAUAUAUAAUA